AUGAAAAUUGCUUCUGUUUUACCUGAGCAGGUAAGGGUGUGAGGCUGGGAAUAUAUCACUUGGGAGCUGAGGAGAGAACAAUCUGGGUUCCUCUGCCCGCCUGCCUUUCUGAGUCCUGGCUCCCACCCACAGUGGAUACCCAUUCAUCCAGCUGGGAAAUUUCGUCUGAGCAAAAACGGAGAGGCGCCUGUUCCCUUCACAGAACUACAGUUCCCAGAGAGUUUCCCUGGGAAGAAGGGUUGAUUCUUAAACCACUCUAGGGAUUGUGACUUCUGUGAGUGGAACCGGGGUCUCCCCGAACAAUUCUCAGCACAAACUUUUGUUGUUGUUUAGUCGUUUAGUCAUGUCCGUCUCUUCGUGACCCCAUGGACCAGAGCACGGCAGGCACUCCUGUCUUCCACUGCCUCCCACAGUUUGGUCAGACUCAUGUUUGUAGCUUCGAGAACACUGUCCCACCAUCUCGUCCUCCGUCGUCCCCUUCUCCUUGUGCCCUCCAUCUCUGCCAACAUCAGGGUCUUUCCCAGGGAGUGUUCUCUUCUCAUGAGGUGGCCAAAGUAUUGGAGCCUCAGCUUCACGAUCUGUCCUUCCAGUGAGCACUCAGGGCUGAUUUCCUUAAGAAUGGAUAGGUUUGAGCUUGUUUGGAGGUUCUAGCAGGGGAGCGCAGCUAUCGUAUACCCUUGACCGAAGAACGGUACACUCCUUCUAUCUGGGAUGGUCGUCCUCUUCCACCGAGCGCGCAGCUUCGGGAGGGACGCACAUGGAGCGGUGAGGGAGGAAGGGGACACCCGCCUAGCCAGCCAGAUCAGCCGAAUCAACCCUGGCGAUCAAUGGGGUGACAGAUGUCGCAGCCAGAUCGCCCUCACAUUUUUGUACUCACAUUGAGUACAAAAAGAGUAUUAGAAUUGAUUCAUGAGUUUGGUCGGGUGGCGGGAUUUAAGUUGAAUAAGCAAAAAACUAAGGUUUUGGGGAAAAACUUGACACCCUCAGAAAUAGAUCGGUUUCAGAAGGAAACAGAACUAAGUGUGGUAAAAAAGUGAAAUACCUAGGGGUUCACUUGUCAGCGAAAAAUUUGAAUCUAUUUAAAGACAACUAUGAAAAAUGUUGGCUGGAAAUCAAAAAGAUUUGGAAAUCUGGUCAAGAUUGAAACUUUCCUUGUUAGGUCGAAUUGCUGCUAUAAAAAUGAAUGUAUUGCCGAAAAUGUUAUUUUUGUUUCAAACCCUACAGAUUGUGGACAGAGUGGAAUGUUUUGGAAAGUGGCAGAAGGAUAUAUCCAAGUUUGUUUGGCAGGGCAAAAAGCCCCGGAUAAAGUUUAAAAUACUAACUGACUUGAAAGAAAGAGGGGUUUGCCCUGCCGGACUUGAGAUUAUAUUAUGAAGCUGCGGCCUUCUGCUGGAUGAAAGAUUGGUUACUUCUUGAGAACACUGAUGUUCUAGAUCUGGAAGGGUUUGAUAAUGCUUUUGGUUGGCAUGCAUAUUUGUGGUACGACAAGGUAAAGGUUCAUAAAAUGUUCAAAAAUCAUAUUGUUAGAAAAUCAAUAUUUAUGGUCUGGACAAAAUACAAGGACUUAUUAGAGGGUAAGACUCCGAGGUGGCUUUCACCAGCAGAGGCCAAGGCCCGGAAAAAACCUAAUAUGGAGGUUGGUUGGCUGAAAUAUGGGGAAAAAGUAGGAGAAACUUGGAGGCUGCAGAGUUAUGAAAAAUUAAAGAAUAAGGUGCAAAAUUGGCUUCACUAUGCUCAAAUUCAAGAGGUUUUAAGCUGGACAAAAGAACAGGUUUCCAGGUGGAAAAAUCGAAACUAGAGACAGAAUUGUUGGAACCAAAGACCAAGGUACUUUCGAGAAUGUAUAUCUUGCUGCUUAAAUGGAACACUCAGGAUGAGACAGUCAAAUCAGCCAUGAUAAAAUGGGCUCAGGACAUUGGGUACAACAUUAUGUUUGAAGACUGGGAAAGGUUAUGGACCACUGGUAUGAAAUUCACGGCAUGUAAUGCCUUGAAAGAGAAUAUUAUGAAAAUGAUAUACAGGUGGUACAUGACCCCAGUCAAGCUUGCUAAGAUAUAUCAUUUGUCUGAUAAUAAAUGUUGGAAAUGUAAGGAGGCUGAAGGGACAUUCUUUCACCUCUGGUGGACUUGCCCAAAAGUGAAGGCCUUCUGGGAAAUGAUCUAUAAUGAGUUAAAAAAGUGUUUAAGUACACUUUUCCCAAGAAACCAGAGGCCUUCCUACUGGGCAUUGUCGGUCAGAAGGUGUUAAAGAAGGAUAGAACCUUUUUAUGUAUGCAACUACAGCAGCAAGAAUUCUUAUCGCAAAAUACUGGAAGACUCAAGAUUUACCCACACUGGAAGAGUGGCAGACGCAAUUGAUGGGCUACAUGGAAUUGGCCGAGAUGACUGCCAGGAUCCGAGAUUUGGAGGAAGAAGCAAUGGAGGAGGAUUGGAAAAAAUUUAAAGAUUAUUUACAAAAAUUUUAUAAGUUAUAUGAAUGUUAAGAAUUCGCAUGAUUAGGAAAUUCAGCUCCAGCAAUAAGAUUAAGGUAUGGGAAACUAAGCUAAAUUAAUGAAAGGACUAACGUUUAAAAGAACAUUAUAUAUAUUAUUAGUGUAAAUUGACAAUAAGCAUUUUAAACGCAAAUCACAAGUAUUUGAAAGAACAAAAGAAUGCACGAAAUAAGGUUAUAAUUUGCUGAAAAAUUUUAUUGUAAAGAACGCAAGGUGAGGGGACGGGGAAGUCCGGUUGGUUAUGGAAAAAUGCUUUGAAAAGAUGAUUUUCUUCUUUUUCUUUUUCUUUUCUGUUAUUUCUUUGUAUAUCUGACCUUGUAUUUCUAUCUGGAAAAAUGCAAUAAAAAAUAUUUAAAAAAAAAAAAAAAAAGAAUGGAUAGGUUUGAUCUUCUUGCAGUCCAUGGGACUCUCAAGAGUCUCCUCCAGCACCAGAAUUCAAAAGCAUAAGCACAAACUACAACUCCCGUAAUUCUUUGGGAAGAAUUAAACAGGUGUUGUGAAUGGAUGCACUUCCUAAUGCAGUUAGAUGUGGGAGGUAAUGUUGAAAAUACCUCUUUGGAUUCCUUUUGGUUUGAAGUUGCUACUCCCAUCAGUUUUGGAAAAAUCCUUGAUAUUCGCAGACAUAUAUUUCUAAAGUAUAUUCCUGUAGUAUUCAUAGCUGGGCAACAAAAGGGGCUAUGGGAUUUAAGGAAUCAGAAUUGUUUUUUUAAAAAAUAGAAUAUUUAUUAAGUUUUCUGUUUUACAAUUUAAAAUACUCAUUUUUCAUCCUUAAGAUAUCGGUGACCUUCUUCUCUUUCCAUGGUUCAUCCUGCACAUCAUAAAUCCCAGCAUAUUUUACAAAAACUAAACCAUUCAUUAUUCCGUUAUUGCAUCCAUCAAAAUUUAUUUACACUGUUGAAUUUGUCUUAAUGCUGCCCACGUUUUCAGCUGUACGCAAUUAUUUCCCACAUAUUCAAUAAACGUUUUCCAAUCUCCUUUAAACGUAUGUUCUUCUUGUUCUCUUAUUCUAUAUGUUAAGUCUGCAAGUUGUGCAUAUUCAGUCAACUUAAGUUUCCAAUCUUCUUUGGUUGGGACCGGACUAACGAAACACGGGUUGCAGUACUAGCGUACGUAAAUAACCUUUUUUGACACCUGGGAGUUUCAGUCUGAAUUAUCUCCAACAGAAAGGACUAUGGUUUUUGGGGGGAAAGUACCGUAUUUUUCGCUCUAUAACACGCACCCGACCAUAACACGCACAUAGUUUUUAGAGGAGGAAAACAAGAAAAAAAAUAUUCUAAACGAAACAGUGGAUGUAUGAUUUUUGUGGUUCAUGCUGUGGCCACAGACAUGUGAUCUGACGGUGAGUUUGGGGUAGCCCAAUGCAAAAAUCCUGAGGAUCCAUGUGGAUCCAUGCCUUGUAACCACGUUUUAAGUGGGGAGGGAAGGAAAAGCACUCAAGGGACAAGGAGCACGCGUGGGGUGUGUGGAGAAGGAUGCUGCUAAUAAUGCAGGCGAGGGGUUUAAGGGGAGAAGGAACAUGCGUGGGGUGUGUGGAGAAGGAUGCGGCUAAUAAUGCAUAUAAGAGGAGAAGGCUCCUUUCCUCUCCUGCUUUGCUCCUUUAAAGCAAGCAGGCUCUGCUUCUCUCCCUCCUCCCAGCUCGCUGAAAAACUUUGCUGCUAUUUAGCGAGCUGAGUGGGGAGGAGAGAGGGACAGAGAGCCUGCUUGCUUUAAAGGAGCCUCUCCUCUCCCGCUUUGCUCCUUUAAAGCAAGCAGGCUCUCUGUCCCUCAGCGGCUCUUCUCCCGCUUUGCUGUUUCAAAGCGAGCCACGGAGGAGGGAAGGAAGGGAAACCAUGGAUCCUCUGCUCAUGACUGCAGCAGAUCCCCCGCCAUCCAUAGGCAUUCGCUCCAUAACACGCACAGACAUUUCCCCUUACUUUUUAGGAGGAAAACAGUGCGUGUUAUGGAGCGAAAAAUACGGUACUUUAAAAAAAAAUUCAAUUCAUUAUGGAUCAUUUCCCAAUAUACUUUUACAAGUCCACCACAUAUGAAAGUCCACCUCUUGCUUAGAUGUAUAAGACCGAAUUAGUGCUGGAGAUGCAUAGAAUCAGAACUGUAGACUUGGAAGGGACCCCAAGGUCAUCUAGUCCAACCCCCUACAAUCCUGGAAGAAUAAAUACCCACUGUCUAUUAAGCAGUGGUCUGAGCACCUCACUGCUUUGGCUACAUACUAACACAUUUUAUAUAGGCGUAAAUUUUGUGUGGAUACCUGUUUACACAUCUGUAAGACUUGCAUUAACUUACAGAUUUUAUUUAAGAUCUAUACAGAAGAUCGCGAGAUGUGGGUGGCGCUGUGGGUUAAACCACAGAGCCUAGGGCUUGCCGAUCAGAAGGUCGGCAGUUCGAAUCCCUGCGAUGGGGCGAGCUCCCGUUUCUCGGUCCCAGCUCCUGCCCACCUAGCAGUUCGAAAGCACGUCAAAGUACAAGUAGAUAAAUAGGUACCGCUCCGGUGGGAAGGUAAACGGCGUUUCCGUGCGCUGCUUCAUGCUGUCCACAUGACCCGGAAGCUGUACCUGGGAAGCUGGCUCCCUCGGCCAAUAAAGCAAGAUGAGCGCCGCAACCCCAGAGUCGGUCACGACUGGACCUAAUGGUCAGGGGUCCCUCUACCUUUACCUUACAGAAGAUCUCUAGGUUCCCAGUGUGAAUUGAUGAUUGCUGUUAUUGUUUUCGAUGUCUUUCUUUCUUCUUUAAUGUACUUACUAUUUCUUCCCUCUUUUUUCUUUGCCAUGUUGAAUGUGCUAAGAAAAAUAAAUCAAUAAUAAUAAGGCGUGACAGGGAGAUGUUCUCUUCUCCCCCAGGAUCUGGUGACCUUCCAGGAGGUGGCUGUGCAUUUCACAGAGGAGGGGUGGACCCUGCUGGAUCAGGACCAAAGGUCUCUUCACAGGGAAGUCAUGGAGGAAAAUUGCUGGAUCGUGGCUCCUCUGGGUAAGGCGCCCUUUUUAUUGUGCUUGGCUUUCUUAGUAGUGGUGCCCUCCCUGUGGAACGCCCUCCCAUCAGAUGUCAAGGAAAUAAGCAGCUAUCCUAUUUUUAAAAGACAUCUGAAGGCAGCCCUGUUUAGGGAAGUUUUUAAUAUUUAAAUGCUGUAUUGUUUAUAACACUCAAUUGUGAGCCGCCCAGAGUGGCUGGGGAAACUCAGCAGCCAGAUGGGUGGGGUGUAAAUAAAUUGUUAUUGUUGUUGUUGUUAAAACAAAAAACAAGCAAACAGUUUGCAAGUUCUAACAAAUUAUUGGAGCUUUCAUUUCUGUACUCUUACCCCAUGGCAUCACACACACACACACACACACACCGAGUUUUCCUCACUAAGUCAGCUGCCUUCUGGCUUCCCAGAAUCUUUUUCUAAAUCACGGUAGGUGGUGAUGUCAGAGGCUGCUUCCUUCCUUCUGAGCAUUGGGCUAGGACCUGGGAGACCAGGGUUCAAAUCCCCCCCCCACCUUGGCAAUAAGUUUUAUUAAACAUUUUGACAGCCACUGCUUUCCCAUCCCUGAUUGGCUAAACAGAUUCUGAAUAUUCUAAGGCAGGCACCCCCAAACGUGGCCCUCCAGUUGUUUUGGGACUACAACUCCCAUCAUCCCUAGCUAACAGGACCAGUGGUCAGGGAUGAUGGGAAUUGUAGUUCCAAAACAUCUGGAGGGCCAAGUUUGGGGGUGCCUGUUUUAAGGUCACCCAAUGGGCUUCGUAGUCAGAAGAACAGUCCUGGCCUCCAUGGUCUCAGUCUUGCACUUAGUGCAUAGCACCAGUUCUAGUUGAUGGGACUCAUUUAAAGCAUAUCCCAGGCAAAUGAGGAUUCCCGCAAAGCAGAGGUUGGAUGGCCAUCUGUCCUGGAUGCUUUAGCUGGGAUUCCUGCAUUGCGGGGGGUUGGACUAGAUGACCCUGGGGUCCCUUCCAACUCUACAAUGCUCUGAUUAAUCCUGGGAACAGUAGUUUGUUAAAGCUACUGCAAAUAAUAAUGCAGUUAUCUCAGCAAGUGUAAAAUUAUUAGCAAGUCGUCGUAAUUUUUAUAAAUGCAUUCCAAUUAUCAUUACACUUAUACGUACACAACCUGCCUCUAGAGGCCACCUGUUUCUAUGCUGCCAGCAUUGUCAUGUCUUCCCUCCAUUGAUCAAAAGGGGGUCAUGGUAUUAUAUUUCCAAUAUACUGUACCGCGUUGCAUUACAAUUUCAUUCAUUUAUUUUUUUCUAUUUGUCCCCCCCCCCCUUUUUCUUUGCUCCCACUUUUUUUUUCUCACUGAAAGCUUUCAAUAAAAUAUAAACAUUUUAAAAGGGGCUACUCUUCUUCUUCUCCUUUGGCGAUCUCUUGUAGCUGAGUAAGGUUGUCUUCCAAGAACACGGUCUUAACAGUGAGUCCAUAAGUGACUGUGGAGGCCAAUUCUGGAUCCACACGUCCUUCCACAGUGGGGACUUUUGUUUCUGGGCAGGAGUUGAUCACAGUGAGGGUUUGCCAAGCCUGCCUUCCUCUUAGCAUGUUUCUCUCUUUCGUCCUGAGUCUGAGCGUCUUCAAAGCCCAUGACACCUUCGGUAAAGGCUGUUCUCCAAUUGGAGCGCUCGCAGGCCAGUGUUGCCCAGUUGUUUAUACUACUGCAAAUAGUAGCUGUGUGAGGGGGGAACUACAAUUCCCAUGAUUCUUUGUGGGAAGUCAUGUGCUUUAAAUGCCUGUUGGAUUACCUUUAAGUGUAGGUAGGCAAACUAAGGCCUGGGGGCCAGAUCAGGCCCAAUCGCCUUCUAGAUGCGGCCCACGGACAGUCCAGGAAUCAGCGUGUUUUUGCAUGAGUAGAAUGUGCCUUUUAUUUAAAAUGCAUCUCUGGGUUAUUUGUGGGAUCUGCCUGGUGUUUUUACAUGAGUAGAAUGUGCCUUUUAUUUAAAAUGCAUCUCUGGGUUACUUGUGGGGCAUAGGAAUUCGUUCAUAUAUUUUUUUCAAAAUAUAGUCCGGCCCCCCACAAGGUCUGAGGGACAGUGGACCGGCCCCCUGCUGAAAAAGUUUGCUGACCUCUGCCUUUAAGUAUGUUGUGAAAAGCUGCUCCGUAACAGCUAACUGUGUGCCUUCAUGGAUUUCGGGUUCCCGUUUUCCCUUGGGUCCUCACCAGUUGUUUUUCUCUCUCUUCCUUCCAGGAGCUGACGGGCAGGAGCGUGAGAGCGCAAGAAGCCCGCAGGUUGUUGCUGGAAAGAGGCAGCUGCAACAAAGGGGAAGAGCAGACAGCAGAAAUGGAAUCAAAACCGGAGGAGGGCAAGUCUCAAAGUGUUGACAGCUCUGCAGUCCCGAUCCAAGAAGACGCAGGCAAAGGAGAGGAAAGGAGCCAGGACUUUGGUUGCAAGUCAAGCCUCGGUGCUCAUUGGAAAAUCCACACCGAGGAAGAACCAUUUAAAUGUGCAGACUGUGAGAAGAGCUUCUAUAGUAAAUCAGCCCUGAAGAAACAUCAGAGAAUCCACACAGGGGAGAAACCAUUUAAAUGUUUGGAUUGCGGACGGUGCUUCCGUUGGCCCACGAGCCUUACUUCCCAUCGCAGGAUCCACACCGGGGAGAAACCGCACAAAUGCUUGGAGUGUGGAAAGAGCUUUGGUUCUUACGAAUACCUUACUAUCCAUCAGAGAAUCCACACGGGAGAAAAACCCUUUAAGUGCCUGGAGUGCAGAAGGGGCUUUAGCAGGAGCGAUGCCCUUGCGUCGCACCAGAGAAUCCACACAGGGGAGAAACCAUACGAAUGCUUGGAGUGUGGAAAGACGUUUCUCCACAGCCAAAGCCUCAUUUAUCACGAACAGCUUCACACAGGAGUGAAGCCGUAUACGUGCUUCGAGUGUGGGUGCAGCUUUAGUAGAAGAAGCAGCCUCACUUCGCAUAAAAGAAUCCACACAGGGGAGAAACCCUUUAAAUGCCCAGAGUGUGGAAAGAGCUUCAGUUUGGCCUCGGGACUGAAUUCUCACCGGAGAAUUCACACAGGAGAAAAGCCGUAUUCGUGCUUCGAGUGUGGGAAGAAGUUUGGCAACCGCUCAAGCCUCACUUCCCAUCAAAGAAUACACACGGGAGAGAAACCAUUUAAAUGCUCCGAGUGCGGGAAAACCUUCAGCAGAAGCGCCAACCUGAAUUUGCAUCAGAGAAUCCACUCGGGAGACAAACCCUAUAAAUGCCUGCAGUGUGGAAACAGCUUCACUAGGAGCACUAGCCUCACUUCUCAUCAGAGAAUCCACACGGGCGAGAAACCGUUCAAAUGCCUGGAGUGUGGAAAGAGCUUCAUCCAGAGGUCUUGCCUUACUUCUCAUCAAAGAACCCACGCUGGGGAGAAGCCGUUUACGUGCUCCGAAUGUGAAAAGAGAUUCAGUACUAAGAAAACCCUUGCUUUACACAAGCGGCUUCACACAGGGGAGAAGCCUUUUAAAUGCUCGGAGUGCGGAAAGAGCUUUAACAGGAGGGAUGCCCUCCUCUCCCAUCAGAAAAUCCACUUGGGGGAAAAGCCGUACAGAUGCUUGGAAUGUGGGAAGAGCUUUGUUUUGACCAAGUACCUCAGUAAACAUCAAAGAACGCACACUGGAGAGAAGCCAUAUAAAUGCUCUGAGUGUGGGAAGAGGUUUAUCAACGGCAAAAGUCUCUCUUACCACCAGCAGCUGCACACUGGUGCGAAACCUUUUGGAUGUUUGGAGUGUGGGAAGAGCUUUCGCCAGAGUUCAGACCUUACUUCUCACCAAAGAACCCACACGGAGGAGAAACCGUACACGUGUUUGGAGUGCGGAAAGAGUUUCAGGAAGAUUGGCAAUCUUGCCUCCCACCAGAGGACUCACAUGGAAGAGAAACCGUACAUGUGUCUGGAGUGCGGAAAGAGCUUCAGGAAGAGCAGCAACCUCUCUUCCCACCAAAGGACUCACACAAAGAAAGAAGCCUACAAUUGUCUGGAGUGCGGAAAGAGCUUCAGUUGGCUUAACUCCUAUACUUUACAUCAAAGAAUUCACACAGGAGAGAAACUGCUAAAGUCCACGCAAGGUGGAAUGAGUUCCUGUGAGAGCACCGGCUCACAUCAAACUAUCGACUCUGGGAAAGAAACUAUAAACAUGCUUAGAAUGUGGCAAGGGCUUUAG